AUGGCGGUGAUAUCCAAGGCCAAAGAGCCUAUAGUGCGAAAGCUGAUCUCCAGCUCCAAAGUUGGUGUAGUGGUUUCAGCAGGGAAGAUGGACCGCGCAGUAAAAGUGCGUUUAGCAUCUCAAGAAUGGAACAAAAAGUUCAAAAAGCACUUCCCAUCACCCAUAACGCACCUAGUAUCCGAUCCGCAAAACUCCCUCGUGGAAGGCGACAUCGUACGCAUUGCCUCAGGUUGGCGCACCUCAAAAAACAUCCGACAUGUCGUAACUGCCAUCGUAGCCCCCUUCGGCGCGCCCGUCGAGGAUCGUCCACCCGUGCUAUCCGAGGAACAGCGCAUGCAACUCCGCAUCCAAGAGCGUAUCUCCAAAGACGUACGUGCUGCUUCGCGCGGCCGUCAAGUGAGUCUGCAAAGACUCGCCCGUGCCAGGAGACAGGGUCUCGAGAUUCCAGAUCUGGAGACAGCUAUGGCGAGUGUGAGAAUCGCAGAGGAACUGGAGGAGAACACUAAGGAGGGAGUCAAGGGUAAAGCGGCUAAGGCCGCGGCGAGGGAGGCGCACAAGGGGCAAAUGGCACAGUUGGAGACGAAUAGGAAGAGAAUGGCGGCAAAGACCACGGCAGAAAGAGAUGCGGAGAUUGAGUUGCAGCGGGUGAGGCAACAGAAAGUAGAGUCUUAA